AUGACGUCAUGGCUACACAUGGCGAUAGGAGGCAAUCUGUUCGCGUUGGCCUUAGUUUAUAUUCCAAAGGAGGCUAAGGGCCCUCCUCAUACGCCGCUGCGUAACAUGAUGCACAACUUCAGGGGUGGACUUGCCCCAAUUGGUGGUGAUGCUAAUGCACAUCAUGCCCAGAGAAUAGUUGAGUUGAAGCAGCGAAGUGCUACGCCGAAUAUGUUAAAACAACGCAAACGACACAAACGCAUGUUGCAAGUUUUGCUAUUAGCACAGCUAUUUGCUUUGAUGCCCGUUUGUGGUGUGCUCUCAAAGUCUGCAUCAGAAAUGUAUUUUUCUUGGAAAUGUGUGCGCACCUGGUACGCUUUGCUGGUAAUCGCCUGCCUGGGACCCGCCAGUUUGCUCACGAUUUCUGUUGCAUUCCGUGCAUCGUUUAGUUUCGACACAGUUGAGGCGGUCGUUUUCUAUGUAUCGAUAUUUGUUAUUUCUAUAGCAUUUUUUCAAUUGGCACGCAAAUGGCCAGCGCUGAUGCUGCAAUGGGAGCGUACCGAGUCCCAGUUGCCGCCCUUAAAAACCGAAAUGCAGAAAGCAGCUUUGGCGUAUCGUAUAAAAAUGAUCACACUGGUGGCCACUAUGUGCUCUGUGGUGGAGCAUUUGCUGAGCAUGUUGGGUAUUAUCUAUUAUGUAAACGCGUGUCCAGCCAUGCCGGGACAUCCCAUUCAGAGUUUCCUCUACUCAAAUUGGUCGCAGUUUUUUGUUUACUUCGACUACACCAACCUGGCGGGCAUCUUUGGCAAAGUCUUGAAUGUGAUAUCGACAUUCGCGUGGAAUUUCAAUGAUAUCUUCGUGAUGGCGGUGAGCGUGGCGCUGUCGGCACGUUUUCGCCAACUCAACGAACAUAUGUUGCGUGCAGCCAAGCGGGUAGCCGGCAGCAUUGUCACCUACGAAUUGGUUUUGCUUCAAUUCAAUAAAGAAGACAAAGUGAACGAUUGUUACGAAUUUUGA